GUCCGUUUCAUAUUCAUUCGUAGGAACGUAAAUGCAGCUCUCGGUCAUUAUCUUUACGCCGGGACCACCUGAUAUCUUCGCCGAAGGUAGACACGGAGGAGACCUCGCGGGCAAGGGAAACCUCAAGAGCAAAAGUGGGUGAAGCUUGGGUACCUCCUAUUUGAAAACAUCAUUCUGGGAUUAUGGCCACGACAUCAAACUUAGCCAGAGUCACGAAGAGAUCUAAAAGGGUCUUUUUCUGUCAUGGAUUUUUUGUCAGACACAAGCUCAAACCACGGUCCAUCAAGAUUGUUACUUUUGCGGCGGUUAUGCCAGGGCUCGACCUCAUGCACACCAAUCGGGGUUGACUGGUCAGGUCAAUCACGCGGAGAUUGAACACUAGGUGACAUGACGAGGAAUCACUUUCAUACCUACGUUCUCCCACUUGCUUCUUCAUAUGCGGGCUAUAGAAUCUCUGCGCAACCAACUUCCUAAAGGUAAAUGUCCAUCCGAAUGGUUGGGUUCAUUCUUGUAGGAUCUCCGCAGCUAAUCUGUGACAGGGACCGAUGCGCCACCCACAAGAAUACUCCUGACACUCAAGAAUCACCCCCCAGAUGACGGUGGCGACAUAUCGGAGUUCUCGGUCCCCUGGGGUCGCUCCGCAUAGUCCGUUAGCUCCGGAACUGAUGAACCCAACCGUAAACGUUCUUCCGCCAACUUGACCGCUUCAUCCAUAAACUCUCGAAUACUGAAUACCUCCGCAAGGAGGAUAGUAUUCUGGAGCUUAUGAAUGGCUUGAACAAUCCAUCUGACCCCGGUUUGCUUGUGGUGGGCGUCAUUCUGCUUGAUCGGGAUGGUCUCAAGGAGGUGCUGGAUACCCGCGUACGUGAUGUCGUUGGGGAUCUUGCCUAUCAUAAUCCUCUCAACCAUCGUCGAGCAGUUGGUCGGAUCGACAUGUGGUUUCUGUCGAUAGCGCCACUCACGGUCAGGGUUGGACUCGAACUUGAGGAAGGAGUCGGGCUCAGGGACGUUGGUGACAUCGUAUGCGAAGCUGUCUCCGCCAGUCGAGACCUUGGGACAGAUCAGGAUCGACCAGUUAUAGGCGCCGUAUCCCAUUUUCUUUCGGUUGUGUGGCAGGGAAAAGUCAUCACGGUGGUGCAGCGUGAUAUAGACACGGCAUUUGUUGCGACUUUUGAGCAUCUUAUCGAAUAGCAUGGUGAUCAGACGAAAAGAUGUGUAGGAGACUUUGUUCUGUCUUGUAGUCAGCAAGGUAAAGCAUAUAAUGGUAGAUGUAAUGAGCUGACCAUCAGACCAGCUUGACUUGACAAAAGGCUCGAGGGUUCGGAGGAAGACUGAGAGCUAGAAUGGUCUUUUGCUCUAGGGAGAGGAGAUAAAGAAGGAGCAAACAAAAGGAAGAACGAUGAGAAGAGGAGAGGCCCCAAAAGGUGAAGAAGGAAUAUUCCGCUUUGGCCGAGAAGCCCAGCCGGCCAGAUGAGUCGUCCUUAAAUAUCUUCUUCUUCGCCGGUUUUCCUUUCUCUCUUUCUCUUUCUCUUUCUCACCCUCCCCAACUCGACCAUUUUCCACUUCCUUCAACCACUUCACAACUCUUCCACUCCUCAGCACAACUGUAUCAAAUCAUCGCUGCCUGCAGCACCACUAGCUGUCCGUUCUUCCAGAGCUGCGGCUAACCACAGCGCGAGUGUAAAUCCCUCCCAGAUCUUAGCUCGCAUUGGGGACCUGGGACCUCAAGGCAACUCGCCCUACACCCAUCGAGCCUUGUAUCUUCGAUCUUCCCUAACUUUUCCUCAGACCUCCCCCAUAUUUCCAUACAAAUUUCAUAACCCGCUUCAAGUCUUCCGGUACGUCCACUUCGAACCUCACUGAGCCAGCCUCUGUCGGGACUUACAAUGACUCGAAUGAUGUGUUCUGGUCCAUCUCAGAUGACUCAACCAAAGAAGGAAUAUCAGCUCCCUUCCAUUGCCAACAUGCACAACGAUAAGCCCUGGACGGAGAAUAGCUUUUUUGUCGAGGCCUCUUCCACCUCCGCUGCUUCCCCUCAAGAGACAAAUGGGUUUGAUGUCAUGACACUUGACAUGACUGACCUGGUCAGGAAGAUCCAGGAGCUGAGCCACCUCGGCAUCGAGGACAACAAAAUCGAUUUGCCAAAGAUUUGUGUUGUCGGCGAUCAAAGCACGGGAAAGAGUUCUCUUAUCGAGGGUAUCUCCGAAAUUCAAGUGCCGCGCAGUGCGGGCACCUGUACACGCUGCCCGAUGGAGAUCAACCUCUCUGAGAGCAAGCCCGGCGAGGCUUGGAAGUGUGUGAUCUACCUGUCUCGGCGAUAUUUGUACGACCCCGGUAAGCACAUGCGAGCCGUGCCGAGAAAGGCUCAGACUCUGGGACCAUGGGUCCCCAUCGGUGGUCGGGACGAGGAAGUUUUUGUCACCCUGACCGACAAAUCAAAUGUUAAGGACGCAAUCAAGUGGGCUCAGAUUGCUAUCCUGAAUCCCAGCAGCGAUUCACAGAUCUACGUUCCUGGCAAAAACCAAGGCACGGAUGAGUCGACCACCGUGAAGUUCUCCCCAAACGUCGUACGUUUGGAUAUUUCUGCGCCGGGCUUCCCUGUGCUGUCGUUUUAUGACCUCCCUGGUGUCAUCAGUCAGCCAGAGCAUGACGAUGAGAAGUACCUCGUCAGUCUCGUCGAGAAUCUUGUGAAAUAUUAUGUUUCACAAGAGAAUUGUAUCGUUCUCCUGACUUUGACGAUGACUGACGAUGCGACGAACUCGAGUGCCGCGAGACUGAUUCGCGACAUUAAGUCUGCCAAGGAGCGUACUUUGGGCGUUCUCACGAAGCCCGACCGAAUUUCUCGGAUGGAGUCUUUUGACCAGUGGAAGGAAAUCUUGGCGGGUCGCAAAUUCAAACUGGGCCAUGGUUAUUUCGUUGUUCGUAAUAAUCAGGACCCCUCCGUUGAUCAUGCAAAGGCAAGGCUAGAGGAAGAGGCCUUCUUCUCCGACCCAUUCUGGGUAGGAUUACAUUCCCAGUACCAGGAUCGCUUUGGUGUUCGCCGCCUCCAGACGGCACUUUCAGCUAUCUUGAUGGAUCAGAUUCGGAAGUGUCUCCCGUCUCUGAUCGCCAAGAUCAACGAGAAAGCGUCGACUAUUGACAAUGAGCUAAAGACUCUACCCGAUCCUCCGACUGAGAACUACCAGCGUAUCUUAACGGAGAAAGUUGUCACGCUGGGUAUGAAGUUUCGGAGAGUGUUUGAUGGUGGUUCCGGCCACGGCGCAUCGAGCAACAUGCUCCAGAAGUACUGGAACCGUCUGGCCAUGGAUUUCCAGAAGGCUUUAGCAAUUACGAAGCCGACUCUGAUUACAGUCACUGCCUCGGAUGUGGAGAUCAAGCCGGAGAAGAUGGACGCUGACUGUGACAUGAUCGUGGUUCCAUCACCAGCACGGCUUAAGCGCAAGGCGCCCGGCUCAGAUGCCCGAUCGCCAGAUGUUCAAAAUCCCGUGAACCUGCAACCAGUUAAUGACCACAGCUACUCCACCAAGGAUGUUUUUGAUAAGUGGACUGCGCCAAGCCGGAAGUUUUCCCUCCAAGAAAUCCGUGACAUCAAGGAAGAGUCCCACUGGGCGGGAAUUCCCAACCAGAUCGAUCCCAGUGCGAUCGAAACCCUUAAUCGGGAAAGCGUCAAGCACUGGGAUAGCCUGGCCAAUGCCUUUGCGGUCGCGACCUGCAAUCUCGUGUUGAGGGUGCUCGGUAUGAAUCUCGAUGAGGAGAUUGCCCAGUACCGCCAGACAGGUCUCUACCGAGAACUUCGUCGCGUUAUCAACGAGUUCCUUAACCAGCUGCGCACGGAAUUUCUAGAUGAUUCUAUGGCUCAUUACCAGAUUGAGCAGCAAAGACCGUUCACGAUGGCACAGUUACUUCACAAGGAAUCUCAGAAGAACGCCCUUCGUGCGCUGAUCGUUGGACGCAAUCGUUCUCGCGCUCGCACAUAUUUACGGGGCGCUGGAUUUGACGUUGAUGAUGAAUCAAAUAUCGCUAACGUCAUCAAAAGCCUGGGCCCGGAUGGAUACUCGCAAGAAAUCGAAAUGAUGGCGAGUUCCCGCGCCUACUACGAGAUCGCCAGCUCUCGAUUUUUGGACGUGAUCUGCCAGUCGGCAUAUGCGAAAGUGUUUUCGAAAUGUCGCGACGAGUUGAUCGAUGUCAUAAAUGAUCAGUUGAACGCAAACUCUGUUGAUCGGUGCAUGGAGCUGAUGGCUGAAGAUCCUGAAAGACAGCGCCGUCGCAUCACCUUGCUUGGUGAGCGAGCAAAGCUGAGCAAGGCCCAGGAAUGGAUGGACUCGAUCCGCUGCAAUGAUGACUACGAGGAUACCGAAAUGUCUGAGAUCACUGUAGGAGACAGUUUCUCUCCGCUCACCGAGUGGAUUGACGAGUCCAUUUGAGCGGGGAUGAACUUGGACUUGGUGAGUUAGAGUUGUGAAAUUUUCAUGAUUACCUCCACUGUUUCGAUCAAUGUUACAGUCUGCGACAUCUUUGACUGGAAUUGUUUGAAGAGAUACUCGUUGUUGUGAAAUAUCAGGUUGAUUCUCGUGAUUUAGUCAUGAUGAAAU